UUUCACACACUGCUGCUGUUGAUGUGUUGGUGUGUGUGUUUCCGAGCGAGUGAAACAAGUUCAGAAAAGAAAUAUUACCUACUCGAUACUUUCAGUCACAAGCAUAUUUGCUUGCGUUGCAACGAUAUUCGUGCUAGCACACUCCCUCCGAGUCUGCUAAGUGUCGGAGCAAUGGCGGUCAAACCCCCAGGCUCAAUGCCCUGGCGCAAAUCACGUUUUCAACGAAAAGGAUAUCCUCCGGAGAUUUUCCAGGACGCGAAAUUUCGCGAGAAGAAGUACCUUUGCUCACAUUGUCACCAGGUGCUUGACCAGCCGCGUAGUGGUCCGUGUGGUCACCGCUACUGUCGACUUUGCCUUGAAGACCGCAUAGAUCGGAUGAGACCCACUGCUGAAUGCUACUGGAAGGAUUGCCAGGCAGUUCUGAAACCAGCCGAGCUGGUGGAUGAGAAAGACUUGGCAAAUGAGCUGGAAAAGCAAACGGUCAAGUGUGAUUCGGGGCCAUGUGAAUGGAGUGGUAGCCUCAGAGAUUAUGUGAAACACGAGGAAGAAUGUCAGUAUGGAUACUCCUGUUGUCCGUUUGGCUGCGAUGUGAAGACACCUCGACCACGGAUUUCCCGUCACUACAAGCAACAUGCGCUCCUUCACCAGGACUUACCAACACCUGAACAACAAACCGGGGUCAUUGAUCAACUGAAGACGGAAGUAGAGAAGGUUCAGCAUGAUGUGGAUGCAAUGCAGCAUGCAGAGCAGCUGAAGUCUGUUGCAACUAAAGGUGAACUUGAUGCCAAUCGUCAACAUUCAACACAGUGUGUACUUGAGUUGAAACAUGAGAUGAGCGCAGCAAUGGAGGACAACAAUGCAGUUUUGACUCAGAAUUUGAAGAAAACUGCUACUAAAGACGAACUGGCUGCUGUUCGCAAGGAGGCAACUCGUGUCAGCAAGUCGGUGCUUGCAGCUAAACAUGGCGCAGCUGCAGCAAUGGAGAGGAGCAACGAAGCCUUAGCUCAGAUGGAAGCAUUGAAGAGAGACAUUCCUUCCACUGAUAUGACCACUGUCUUGGCUAAGUUGACAGAGAUCUCAUCAUCAAUGGCAGCACUAACUGCAUCUCAACAAGCUAUCACAGUUCAACAAGAUAAAACACAGCAACAACUCGGUGUACUUUCGCAGAGACUGGAGAAAGUUGAACUAGAUACAACAGCAUCAUGUGAGCGGAUAGUGCAGAUGCACAACCAGACCAACUCAGCGGUCGGUCUACUGCAGGAGCAAAGCCGCAAUACCACCACCAACAUUGGUCAACUGCAGGAGCAAAGCCGCAACACCACCACCAACAUUGGUCAACUGCAGGAGCAAAUCCGCAACACCACCACCAACAUUGGUCAACUGCAGGAGCAAACCCGCAACACCACCACCAACAUUAGUCAACUGCAACAGCGCCAGCAAGGCACCAGUGGUCAGCUUUCACGUGUCUCAGCAGCUGUUACCACCAUUCAACAAGCUCAAUCUGGCAUGCGCAGUGACUUGGAGGGAAAAAUCGGCGAAGUGAAGUCAGCAGUUACUGCUGUACCAGCUACCGUGGAAGGCAUUGUCAGAAAGGUUGCUAUACAAAAUCACUACAGGUCCGUUCGUGAUAGCUGUACAUCAUUUUAUUCUGGUAGCCAGGGUAAUGGCAGGAGGCAGUUCAACGGUCCAUUUGGCAUCACAAUGAGCAACGAUGGAAAGGUCUUUAUCGCUGAUUACAAGAAUCAUCGGGUGAAGGUCACCACACUGGAUGGUACAUACAUACGUGAUAUAGGCAAACAGGGCAGUGGUAAUGCUGAAUUCAACGAACCCAGUGAUGUAGCUGUGGAUGACGAUGGUGAUCUUGUGGUGGUUGACUCGAACAACCACAGACUGCAGGUCCUACAUCAGGAUGGGUCCUACGUGAAAACGAUUGGUGCUAUCGGAUAUUCGUUUGGUGUUGCAGCACUAUCUCUGCCCCAGCAUGGUAUUUGCUAUGCUGUAACCGAUAUCGAUGACCAUUGUGUGAGAGUGUUUGAGAAAGGAGGAAGGGAGUUGAACAAGUUUGGUACUGAAGGAAGUGGACCAGGACAGUUCGUCCUUCCAUGGGGUAUUAUCUCGUCCAACGGCAGAUUGCUGGUUGGGGACUUUCACAAUGACCGUAUCCAGGUUUUCACUAAUGAUGGAAACUUCAUUACCAUGUUCGGAUCAUACGGAAAGUCAGAUGGUCAGUUCAAGUGCCCUCGGUACUUUGCUGAGGAUAGGCAUGGACACGUCCUGGUCACUGAUAAUAACAACCACCGUGUUCAAGUGUUCACUUCUGACACAUUCUCUCACGUGGCUACCUUCGGUUCAAGACGUUGUCUUUCUUAUCCGCGUGGCAUUGCAAUAUCACCCAGUGGUACUGUGUAUGUUAGUAACAAUGGCAAACACUGUAUCACAAUGUUCUAACUUUUGUCCUGGAGCAUCUUGUUUCUUGUUCUACACUAUUAUUUCUCACUGCUGUGAAACAUGAACAGGACCAGUAUUAGCAGUUUUGUUAGGUCAGGCUUUACUAUAGUAUUUCAGUUUUUUGUGUGACACAUCGAGUAUGCAUAACCUUGCCAGUAGGAAACAUGCAUAGGGCAGGUCAACAGUAGAUCCAGCCAAGUCAUGACCAACUGGAGCAGUUCCAACAUGUCUGAUUAAGAUGAUGAACUGAUGAACAUUGCCAAUUACUGUUUAUCAUACUUGCAUGAUUGAAUGUGUGCUUGCAUAUGUGUGUAUGUGUGUGUGUGUGUGCAUUUGUUUGUGUGUGUGUGUGUGUGUGUGUGUUGGUUUGUGUGUGUGUGCAUGUGUGUGUGUGUGUGUGCGUGUUUGUGUAUAUGCAUGUGUGUGCGUGCAUGUGUGUGCGUGCAUGUGUGUGUAUGUGCAUGUGUAUGUGCAUGUGCAUGUGUCUGUCUGUGUGACUAUGUAUGUGUGUGGGGUAUGAAUGUGUUUGUGUAUGCAUGUGUAUACAUGGAUUUGCUUAUGAACUCCUGCACUGAGUUGUAUAUCUACAUUCUACUUCGAUCACUCUCAUUGUUACAUAUUCUCGAUGUGCAGAGGAUGAUUAUAUUGAUUGUGUUAGCUGGGUGCUCUUUUCCUUUCUCUGAAAAUCUAUUGCAUUUCAACAAAAUGUCUCCCUAUGAAGUGUCGCAAUACAUCAUUCAGUUUUUUAUGUCACUUUUGGAUACAAUGUAGAACAUGCAGAAUGUCUGAGGUGCUGUUUUCUUUUUAUCAUGUUUUGUGGUGCUUUGUGUUAGUAUCGUUAUUUUAGAAAUGUUUCAAAAGGUUUUUUUAUAACUGCUGCUGCAUACCCUUGUUUGAUCUGAAGAGAUGCGGUAUUGUUAGUUGUCUGAUGAUUGCCUGUAGAGUAUGGACAUGAAACUAUUUGUUAUAACGAUGAUUGUGUGGUGCUCUGUGUUGCAUGACCAGUCUUAGCUAUAACCAACUAU